AUGAACCAUUCCAUUAGAAACAUCUACACAUUUAGAAAGAAACAAAAAAGCUUCAAUAAAACCUUUGCUGCUAAAUAUAUCAAAUAAUUACUCACUAAUACCUAAACACUCUCUACUCCAAUUCCUUAUUUAAGAAUUGAAGAAGAAAUCAAUGAACAUACUAAAAUAGAAGAAUCCUUAAAUAUAAAGUAAUCAAUUGAUGAUUCCUCAUUGCAUUCUUCUCAUAUCAUCUAAAUUAAUCAUAACAUUAAAAAAAGAGCCAAUUUAGAUUGUGAUAAUUAUCGCUUGAUCUAUAGACUUAACUCUAAAUCUUGUGUUAUUCCCUGUAGAGUUUCCUUAAGAAAAUUUAAAAUGAACAAAUAAGAUCUCAAAUUUAUGGAGGAUUUUGAUGAUCUAAAAUCUUAGUUGCAAUUUAAAUAACCUAAUGAAAUUGAUUUUCUGACUCCCUUCAAUGAGUUUUAUCAAAAGAUAAAUGAAAUUGUAUUGAAUCAACUAUGA